AUGUGGAAAAAAGCUGCCAAGAAAUUGGAAAGUAUUGAAUACAGAAUUCGUAAGCAAAUGAGCUGGCAAGACAUCAAUGGUGAAAAAAUUGUGAAGGUUUCAUUGGAAGUCGAGGAAAUCAUUGGUGACAACGUGCAAAGUAGAAAAUUGACAUUUUCGGGCGUCGAAUCGAAAAGAAAAUUGAUUGACGAUGGCGAAGAGCUUCAAACGUUCUCAAACAUUUGGGAUCGUUAUUCGCGAAUGCUGAUUGCACUGGGAAAUCGAUUGAACGCCCUUUGCAAAGCUGGUUUAGUGGCGAAAAAUUGCGAAACCCUUGCGAAAUGGUGUAAAACGUUUGAAGAGCUGAAAUAA